GUCGGGGUGCGGGUGGCCGCUGCCACACAGUAAAAAUGUCUUCGCCUCCCAAAGAGAAAGCAGAGACGCGGGCCGGACACCCUCCUGCUGUGAAAGCUGGUGGGAUGCGGAUUGUGCAGAAACACCCACACAAUUCUGAUGCCAAAGAAGAAAAAGAUAAGGAUGACCAAGACUGGGAAACCAGCAGCCCACCUAAACCAACGGUGUUCAUCUCUGGUGUCAUUGCUAGGGGUGAUAAGGACUUCCCUCCAGCUGCAGCUCAGGUGGCUCAUCAGAAACCACAUCCUUCUGUGGAAAAGCUUCCUCACCCACAACAUGUCAAACAGCACAUCCACCAGCCUCGCAAGUGAGCUCUCCAUCAAAAUCUCAGCCAAACUGCCGUCAGUGAAUAAGUUUUCAAGAGAAGGUGAAAACCCUUUAGGAUUCACACUGUCAAAUCAGUAAAGUUGACCUCUAAAAUAAUAUGCUGUUCCUUCAAUUCUCAAAGGUUAAUAAGAAUGAAGACAUUGUUCAGUUGUUACCCCAGAUGGAAAAUUCUCUAUUAAGUAUUUGCUGAUCAGGAGUGGGUUUUUAUAAGAUUUUCUUAUUGCCAAGAUAAAACUUUAUUAUGAAUGAUAUGAUUAAUGAGCUUAAAACUUGUACUUUCAGUUGUGGCAUCGCAAUAGCAGAUAGUUAAUGUAGUUUUUAUGCUAAGCCAGUAAGGAAGACUAGCCCCUUUUGUACUGGUACCUUUACUAUCUGGAGGGAGUUUGUUGUGUGUGUUGAGGCAGAAGUCAGUGGUUGUCCUGAUUAUGUAGAACCCUUGCAGCCUUCAGUAUGCUACGGUGUUACACCCCAGUGACCGUGCCCUCUGAUUUCAACUAGUGAGAUCAUAAAAGGGCCCAAAAACAUUCUCAAGUGAGCAGAGAUCCAGCUGAAUCUUCUUUACACCCCUUUGCACUCACACAGUCUUGUUGAGGUUCUUCCAUUUGGAGAUCUGUGGGUAUGGAGAGGGGAAAGAAAUCGGAGUUACAAGAACACUGCUGCUGUAGGCAACUGAUUUGUGAUCUCAUGGGUCUCGCUGUGGGCUGUAUUUUUAUGAGGUGAUGAUUUCUAAAUUCCAAUAACAAGCUGAAGGAGCUCAGGACCCUCCAGAAUUGAACUUAAAAUAAACUGGUGAAAAAUCUGUUUUCUUUUUUAACUUACAGUUUGAGAUCACUGUUUGAAACUAAGAAAUCCCAUUAGUAAAUGUGUUUAACUUUAUGACCCAACCUCUGUUGCACACCAUAUUUUUUCCUAGUGGCCUUACUGUGAAUAAGGACGGUAGUGAUAUGAGUGAAUAAAAAAAGUUACUUUUCAAAUAGAGCAAUCGGAUUAGUUUUGGCCACAUAAUUAAAUCUUUUGAUUGCACAGUUCAAAGACACUUAGCUCUAUCAUUUUCCUUCUGCAACUCAUCUCUGUAAAACCCAGGAAAAUAAUUUUUG